AAUCUUGCUCGCCACGGCGGUUGAAAAAUUUAUAGAUCGCGGGGCGGAGUGCAUAUCCACCAGAGUUCCCUACAACCAACACCAGAGGCCGGAUUGAAACCCUCUAGGUACCUUGAGGAUCACCACCAAGGUAUAAAUUUCAAAAUGCAGGAAAUACUGCAAUCUCGCGCGUCUGCCACCUCCCAGCUCUAUGCAGACCCGCACAAUCCCCACCGUCACCUGGAUCGGGGCUUGGUCCAUGAGCGUCUGGGGUUCCCGGAUCUCGCCUCUGCGGAUGCAUAUCGGGCGCUUUCGUUACUAGACUCUAUUGUUGAUCCGGAUGGAUGUGAGUUUCAUGCUAGGCGGCGGGUAGCAGAGUCUUCGGCACCAACACGCAAGGAUGAAAACGAUGAGGAAGAAGAAAAAGAAGAAGAAGAGGAAGAAGAAGAUGAUGAUGAUGAUGAUGAGGGAUAUGAACCCCUCACAGAAGAUGAGUACAAUGCCAUGAUUGGGCCCGCAUAUGCCCUGCUCGUGAGGAGUCUAGCCCGCUGUGGCUGUCUACGCGAUGCGUACGAAUUCGCCCUACGCGGCCGCGCAGUGCUCGAACAACGUUCACUGUCUGAUGAGGGGUCCUCUACAGCGAAGAAGGACCUCGAAGACCAGAUUGCGUACAUAAAGCGGGAGUACUAUGCGUCAAAAGGCAAGGACUCUCAAAACAGCGAAGAGGAGAUUAACCCAAAUUCGUUGAAGGCACAAGGCUUUGCGCGCAGAAUCCUUUACCCUUGGAAUGAGCACGAACCGGACCGCAAGUCCCCCGAGACUUUGAAUUUAUUAAAUGAACGUCUCAAGGAUGUCGCUCCAAAGUGUGAAGUGCGCGCCGUUGCACUACCAGUCCUCCACCAGUCAUCAGACAGUACUGAGAAGGUAGAGGGCGAAAAACAGGAGGAGGAAGGAGAAGAAGAACUCUCUAUCCAACUCGGUCUCUUCGCCAAAGAAGACCUACAACCGGGCGAAACGAUCCUGCAUGAGUCCUCUCUUCUCACAGCCACGAACCGCCUGCACGACGACACCUGCGACGCUUGCAACGGGGUCCUCCCCCCUCUCUCUUCCGAAAACCCCCCAGUCGCCUGCGAUGAAUGCUACGAUAUAAUCUUCUGCUCGCAGGCCUGCCACGAUAAGGCGCAGGAAGUCUACCACGGUGCUGUCUGUGGUCUAAUGGAGAACCUCGAGUCCAUUGGGAAGGAUAUCCCAGAUCCAAAGGAUAAAGCCGACUACUUAUACCUGCUACUUCUUGGCCGCGCGCUUGCAAUGGCUGCAACGCAAGAAAUCCAUCCUCUUGAUUUACCUGAAAUUAAAUAUAUCUGGGGCGACUUCGUCCCGGAAGACGAUAAUGAAGAUAGCAGCAGCAGCAGCAAGAUGAAAGGAACCCUCCCUUUCAGCUUCCAGCUUUCAAUCCUGCAGCCGAUGCGGCUGAUUGAGGAAAUGCAACUCGACCCAUAUACGACGCUGGAUAGGUACGACACGUGGGUUCUUAACACGAUGUACGCAAAGUUCCGCGGCACGGCCUCUGGUAGGCUCUCGACUUGGGAUGGCGGGCCGGAGACCUGUGCUGUGCAUCCGCUUUGGUGUUUGGCGAAUCACUCGUGUGAUCCCAACGUGAGGUGGGAGUGGGGAGGGGAGAUUGCUUUUGUGGUUAGGGGGGAGAAGGAGCGGGCUGUGUGGAAGAGGAAAGGGGGCGAGGAGAGGGUUGAGGGCGAAAGGAGGGGUGAAGGGGUGAGGAAGGAUGAGGAAAUACUGAAUCAUUAUUGUGAUAUUGGCCUGGAUGUUAAAGAAAGGAGGGAAUGGGCGGCUGGUGCACUGGGAGGGGCGUGUUUGUGUAGUAGGUGUGUUUGGGAGGCUGGGGAGGUUGAUAGCUAGGUUACUUGUCAAGACGUUAUUAUUAAAACUAAAAUAGACCAUAGAAUGGUGUUGCACUUGGGGGUGGUGUUAUUGAUAGUGUGCAUAUU